GUGGGCGGGGCAUCCACGGGACUGGAAGCGUCCUGGGCAGAGCGGGCCGGCGGGCGGCUGUCUUUGAACCUCAUGUGGCGGGGGCUGUGGACCCUGGUCUCCCGGGCGGCAUGUGGGCCUGGCAGGCCGUGCACGCGCCGGGUCAGCGGCGUCCCGGGCCCCGCUGCCGGGGCCACCAUCUUUGCGCUGAGCUCGGGUCAGGGCCGCUGCGGCGUCGCCGUGAUCCGGACCAGCGGCCCCGCCAGCAGCCAGGCUCUCCGCAGCCUCACGACGCCGCGGGACCUGCCCCUGGCCCGCAGCGCCUGCCUGCGCCUGCUCAGCGACCCACGCUCCGGGGAGCCGCUGGACCGCGCGCUCGUGCUCUGGUUCCCAGGUCCCCGGAGUUUCACGGGUGAGGACUGCGCCGAGUUCCAUGUACACGGAGGCCCAGCCGUGGUGAGUGGCGUCCUGCAGGCCCUGGGCCGCGUGCCCGGGCUACGGCCAGCAGAAGCGGGCGAAUUCACCAGACGGGCUUUUGCCCACGGGAAGCUGACCCUGACCGAGGUGGAGGGCUUGGCGGAUCUGAUCCACGCAGAAACUGAGGCACAAAGGCGGCAGGCGCUGAGGCAGCUGGAUGGGGAGCUGGGUCACCUCUGCCGCGGCUGGGCUGAGACCCUCACCAAGGCUCUGGCCCAUGUCGAGGCCUAUAUCGACUUUGCUGAGGAUGACAACCUGGAGGAGGGCGUGCUGGAGCGAGCUGACAGCCAGGUGCAGGAGCUGGAGGCAGCACUGGGCGCACAUCUCCGAGACGCCCGACGCGGGCAGAGGCUGCGCUCAGGGGCGCACGUGGUGGUCGCAGGGCCCCCCAAUGCCGGCAAGAGCAGCCUGGUGAACCUGCUCAGCCGGAAGCCUGUGUCCAUCGUGUCCCCAGAGCCAGGGACCACUCGUGAUGUGCUGGAGAUCCCCGUCGACUUGGCUGGCUUCCCAGCACUGCUGAGUGACACAGCCGGGCUGCGGGAGGGCGCAGGGCCUGUGGAGCAGGAGGGCGUACGGCGUGCCCGCCAGAGGCUCGAGCAGGCCGAUCUCAUUCUGGCUGUGCUGGAUGUUUCUGACCUGGCCUCACCAUCCAGCUGCAGCUUCCUGGACACAGUUAUCAGGCCCAGGAGCCCCAAUGGGAGCGGCCAGCGCCUCCUGCUGAUACUAAACAAGUCGGACCUGCUUGUGCCCGGGCCUCUGCAGUGGAGUGGGGACCUGCCUCCACACGUGCUGCUGUCCUGCCGCACCGGGGAGGGGCUGGACAGCCUCCUGGAGGCGCUGCGGAAGGAGCUGGCUGCCCUGUGCGGGGACCCGGCCGCAGGCCCACCGCUAUUGACCCGUGCCAGGCACCAACACCACCUCCAAGGUUGCCUGGAUGCCCUGGGCCACUACACACAGGCCAAGGACCUGGCGCUGGCAGCUGAGGCCCUGCGGGUGGCGCGGGGGCACCUGGCCUGCCUCACCGGGGGAGGGGGAACCAAGGAGAUCCUGGACGUCAUUUUCAGGGACUUCUGCGUGGGCAAGUGAGGGCAAGGGAGCCAGCUUGAAAACAGGCCCAUGGACACUGGGAGCCUUGUGGCCUCUGGACCAGCUGAGAGCCAGGGGAGUGUAUGUGACUUUGACAGAACAGAGCUUCAGGCCAGCCACGUUUCUGGACAACCCGGGGUUUCAGGCCCUGAGGGGCAGACUGGAGGGGUUUCGCGCCCUUGCUGGGCAGCAGGAGUGGAGAGAGGCAGAGUCCUCACUUCCCGGUCUUUAAUUUAUUUUGUACAUACCCAGGGCUCGUGCAAAGCAGCCCCACUGGUUCCUUCCAGAACCUUCUGUGAGCCCUGGUGGUCAUGUGGCAACUCUGUGAAACAUGUCUCCUGUGUUGUG